AUGUCGUUCGACAAAACCCGCACUCGAGACGGCCAGCCCCCUUCGCCUUUCCGAUACGCGUCGAAGGAUAAAUUCGAUCUACAUGUGAAACCCUCCUCGAACGACGGCUUGUAUUCGCGGCAUGCUAUACGAUCAAGGUCUCUGUCUCAGGCUUAUCGAGACGCAUCCAGAACUACCAUGCCUGUCGCCAACGAGGAUCUCACACCAGUGACGACACCAAGUCCGCAACAGAAGCGGCAGUCAUACAACGCGUUUUCUCCGUAUCAACUCUCACCUCCUCCCCACGAACUCCAAGACGCGUACGACCAGAUCCAUGACGGUAAAUUAGUCUCAGAUUAUGUGCGCGACGAAGAUUGGGACAAGCAGCGCGCCACGCGCCGCCCCGCCAGCCAGACUCGUCAAACGUCAUUACAAUACAGUGCGACAAACAGUGGCACCAGCUCUGCUAUGGACUCUUCCUUUCCUGAUGCCGGGUUCGGCGAUGACCUCGGUGAAUACCAGACUCGAAAGAGCAGAGACUACACGAAAGACGAACAGCGCCUCAAACGUGCCACAGGACAGCACUCGCCCGUUUUCAGCAAAGCUCAGGUUGGGCGAGACUCCUCGCGGGCGGACAAUUGGCGUAGGCGCCAGGAAGCGCAGAUUGAGGCAGAGAACCAUGUAUCCGAGGAUGACGGCAAUCUUGGUCCUUCCGGGCCCUCUCCAAAUCUACCGUCUGGCUGGGGUCACCGAGCAGGUCACCGACAAGAAUGGGAGCGCAAAAUGAGCCCGCCCACCAAUCUUGAGCAACAAGAAAGAUCGCACAGUCGCUUGUCGGGGACGAUCACCGCAGCGCCCGACUCGUCCUCCAGGCCUAUGCAUACCUCGCGUUCCCCAGCGCGCAGCAAGCUUCAAGCUCGGAGCGUCCUCGAAGAACGUCCGGGUACAGCUAACAUCAAUAAGCUGGGAACGCAACAAGGGCUCGGCAUCAAGGAGGCCGCUCCAAAGACUGACACAAUACCUCUCGACGGCGAGCAAAUCCCACACUCUCCAAUCACCAUCUACAAAAAUUCGACGUUCACCAGACCGAGUCCGAGCAAACGAGACUCGCGCGACUUGUUGCGCAGCCUUUCCAGGUCUGAGAACCACAAAGCUGAUGAGGUUCAAACUCCAGAGCCACCAAAGCUUUUCGAGCGAAAAAUCUACGACAAGACGCCACGUGUCACAGGUGCUUGGAUCGAUACACCCAUGACCCAGCGUGUAGCUGAGAAGAUCGAGCUCCCCGAAGAUCUGACCAAAGAUAUUGUGCUUCCCCGAUCACCCAUGACCCAGCGUGUAGCUGAGAAGAUCGAGCUCCCCGAAGAUCUGACCAAAGAUAUUGUGCUUCCCCGAUCACCCAGGGAGCCCAAGGAUACAAAGCCCCCUGCCCAGCAAACGAGCAUUGCACCCAAACCGGACGAACCGAAGUCCGUCCAGCAUGUUGCCCCAGAGUCUCCCCCUACGACACAGCCUGCAGUGGCGUCAAGGCCUCCAUUGCCUCGACCACAUUUACCAAAAAGCGCUCUCGAAACAGUUAUUGAGGACGCUACUUCCGGCAAGGAAAUCGACUUUGGGGAUGACACUAUCGAAUCUCUCCAAGCCAUCAUGGAUGGUCCGAGCGAGAUCAAAAUCAAGGAAGAAGAUGAGGACAGUGAUGAGGCUUAUGAGAAAGCUGUCCUCGCAAGUUUCGAACAAGCCGCAUCAAAAGAAACCAAUGCAGUCGAUUUUGACUCCUUGAACCUUAAACUCAACUCGCUGAUGAAACACAUCAACGACGUGAAGAAAGGACUCGACGGGCUUGAAGGACAUGUGACACGAGACGUUGCAAUGUCAUCGAAGCCCAGAUCUCCGGCCAAGGCAAGCAUAUCAACGGAUGUACAUGCAGGCAAGCCCUGUAAGGGGUGCGGCACAUGUUCCGAUGGACGAGUAUACGCUGCCAUACGUCUUCCUCGCCUAUUCGAACGAGACCCUCGAUCUCGGCGCCUUCAACCGACGCGACUUUUCUGGUUCAUCGUAAUCCCACUCUGCUGGUGGGUUAUCGAAUGCUUGAUGUCAGAUCAAUUCAGCUAUUCAGAUAUCUCCGAGCCUUGUGAUGGUUAUUGCCUACAGACAGAUGCACCUGUUUAUCCAUGGGUAACCGUGACAAUGUUAUGGCGCUGGUCUCAUCUCUCGAUUAUCUGCAUGCCCAUCCUAACUAUCAUUAUCGCUUUCUCUAGGCUGGUGACACAGCUCCUUGGGUUCUCAGAUGGCUAUGUGGAUGAUUUGAUUGAGAUCAACAAUAUGAUUGGAGAGAUUCGCAUCAACGGGACUCCCGUCGCCCUCCCGUGGUUGUCAGCUCCAACGCCCGCAAACAUCGAGCCUCAAGCACCGCAACCUUCCUCAGUGAAGCAAUCUCCUCAAUACCAGCAGCCUGACCAACGCCCCGAGUACUCCUGGCCACCUCCGGAUGCAUACACACCACAUUGGGGCUCUGACCUGCCGGCUGGGGAUGAAGCCAUGGACGCCGAUGAGUUUAUUUGA